GCAUUACAACCCGUUAACAUAUGUUCCCAAUUCACUGACGUGUUAAGGCCAUUGUGUAAACUUAUGCCAACAAAAUCUGGUUGAAAUCGAUUCCUGUAUAAUUUGAAGUUUUCUACCUCGAUCGGAAUUGCGUAGAGGUUUCUUUUUUCCACUAAGUCAAGAUGAAUCCAAAAGUUGUGAUUGGAAUCGCCGCGACAGUGACUCUUGCUGUGGGGAUUGGUGUCGGAAUUUUACUGGGGCAUUUCGUGACCGCGCCGGCCACGGCAGGUAGCGGGAAACCCACGGCGAGUGCGCCGACCGCGCCGCCCAGCUACCUGGACGCGAUCAAAGAAGCGGACGCCAGCAUCAGUGGGAAACUCAUAAACGGCAUCGUGGCGGAAAACAUCAGAUCAAAUCUCAUGUAUUUAUCCAACAAAUCGCACGUAGCUGGCAGUCCUGUGAGUAAAGAGCAAGCGGAGUGGGUUCGAGACAACUGGCUUGCCCAGGGACUUGACUCAGCUAAGAUUGUCACGUACCAGGUUCUGCUGUCAUACCCACCAGAUUACGAAGAUCCUAAGCAAAACACGAUUCAGCUUUUGAAUGCAGCGGGUGACGCAGAACAUACCACACAGGAGCGAGAACCACCACUUGAGCCGGGCAAUGACAACCCGGUAGCUGAUAACGAUAUAUUAGCCCCGUUCAACGCGUAUUCUGCAGAUGGAGAAAUAGAGGGCGAUCUGGUGUAUGUGAACUACGGCAGAGUGGAAGAUUUUCAGGAACUAGAAAGAGUUUUAAGCAUCGACGUCACCGGCAAAAUCUGCAUUGCUCGAUACGCUAAAAUCUACCGCGGUGACAAGGCCACCAAUGCGGAGAAAGCUGGUUGUAUUGGACUGAUCCUGUACAGCGAUCCUAAGGACUAUGCCGUUGAGGGCGCUGCAGUCUACCCCGAUGGUAUCUACCUCCCGGGGACUGGAACCCAACGUGGCUCUCUCAUGCUCGGGAGUGGUGAUCCACGCACACCGGGGUACCCUGCCGUUGAAUCGGCCUAUCGUGUUCCAUUGAGCAACGUUACGGGUUUGCCUAGUAUCCCCGUGCAUCCCAUAGGAUACAACGACGCAGCUGUCUUUCUCAGCAUUAUGGGAGGGGACGAGGUAACCGCAGAAUGGGCUGGCAACUUGCCUGGUGUGACGUAUCGCUAUGGGCCUGGCUUCAAUGCUUCCAACGUAGACAAGAAAGUUAAGAUGAACAUAUAUAAUGAGAACCGAAUGGCAACCGCGUACAAUGUUAUCGGAACAAUCAAGGGAAGUGUAGAACCAGAUCGUUAUGUAAUCAUUGGUAACCAUCGUGAUGCGUGGGGCUACGGGGCCAUCGAUCCGUCUAGCGGUACAGCAUGUCUGAUGGAGAUGAGCCGGGUUAUUGGGCAACUCGUCAAAGAUGGUUGGAGGCCGCGUCGCACCAUUAUGUUCGGCAGUUGGGGAGCUGAGGAGUAUGGUCUGAUUGGCUCUAAUGAAUGGGUCGAGGAGUAUGCAAAGAACCUUGGAGCUAGAACGGUAGCAUAUCUGAACCAGGAUAUCGCUGUAAAAGGUACGUUCGUACUCGAAAUCGCUGGAACUCCCAACCUCUACAAUGCAAUAUACAGUGCUGCAAGGAAAGUGGCUGAUCCCGAUCCCAAACUGUCACAGACUGUGUAUGAUACCUGGAAGGAACGAGAUCUCGUGGGGAACACCGUGGACGGACACCCACAUAUUGGUACCCUCGGCUCUGGAAGUGACUACGCGCCGUUUCUUCAGGUUGUUGGAAUCUCUGCGGCUGAUUUUACCUACACGUAUGAUAAGAAAACGAUUCUAAUCUCUGGCUACCCUAUGUACCACUCGGUCUACGAGACGUUCAAGCUGGUUGAUAUGUACUACGACCCUGGGUUCCCCUACCACCGCGCUAUAACGCAACUUGUGUCCGAACUCGCUCGCAAUCUGGCGGACUCUGUAGUGCUGCCAAUGGACGUAGCCGUGUACGCAGAACACGUGCAGGAAUACUACGUGAGCCUACGCGAGGGAUCCGUGGGCAAAAAAAUGAUUGCCGAAGGUAUCAUGUUUGAUGACAUGCAGUCGGCUGUCAAUAAUCUGACAGAUGCUGCCAACAAAUUCAAGGCCAAAGUUGAAUCGGUGGAUAAAACUGACGUUCUGAUGGUGCGUAUGCUGAACGAUCAGAUGACCCUUUUUGAACGAGCCUUCAGUGACCCACAGGGACUUCCCGAUCGUCCCUUUGUCAGGCACAUUGUCUUCGCGCCAAGCAGCAGAGACAACUACGCCAGUGACAAAUUCCCAGGCAUCGUGGACGCCAUGUUUGACAUCGAAAACAACCCAGAUCCAGAAAAGUGGAACUUUGUCAAGAAGCAAUUGUCCAUUGUCAUAUACACCAUCCAGUCAGCGGCUAGCGUUCUCAUGGAGGUUGCAUAAAAAGAUACACAUGCAAACACAUGAGUAAAAAAAAAAAUUUCCACGGUUUUAUCGAAAUUACAAGCAAGGGGUGCGGUAGUGUCACUGGAAGUGUUUGCGUUUGUAAGGAACACUCUAAAAACAUCCGGGUCAGACUGACCACGAAACCGGGCUCUAUUUGGCUAAACCUUUUUCCCAGGUAAGAAAUAAUACUUCUCCAGGUCAAACUGACACUUUUCCCGAGUUAAACUUACACGUUUCGGGCUCAAUAUAACACCUUUCCAGGCUAAAGUGACAUUUUUCCGGGUCUAAAUGACACUUUUGCUGGUCUAAAUGACACUUUUUCGGGUCAAAUUACUUUUUUCCGUGAAAUUUUUUCCCCGGGCUUUUAUCUUGAAUAAGUGUCAAUUUGACCCUGAAUAGUGCCCAUUCUAACCCGGGAAAGUGUCGUGUUCACCCAGUAAAGAGUUGAGCCGGAAGAAAAAAUAUGAUUCUGGUCAGUGUGGCCCGGAUAUUCUUAGCUUGUUACCAUGAGAACGUUCAUACCCCAACUGGCACGAUGUCCUCGAAAUACUGCUGUUAUGAUGGCCGCGGUGCCCUGUAUGCUACUCCUACAAGGUUCAGUGGUUUAAUGCAGCUUUCAAUUUCCUUCCAAAAAUAAUUGUGACUGGCAAUGCAUAUUUUCUUUAAUGUAUUAAAUUACCUGUUUUCAUUUUGUUUAAGGAAACAAAAAUCCCCGACAGAAUAUUUGUGUGUUUAUAAAUUGAAAAAAACAUAGCUAAUGUAAUUGCAUAUAUCAAUUGAUCUUUUGCAAGCACAUUUCUUAGGCUAGAAAAACAAUGAACUGAAAGGCAUUUGAGAUCAUUUGCUUUUCAUGCAUUUAGUUCGUUUCCAAUACUAACACGACCCAAAAUGCAGAGACGAAAGUUUAAAACCUAACCUGUUGAAAUAUCAGCUCUGUGGAUAUUAUAUUUUCGAAUAAUGCUACAGAUCAUGCACAACCUUUUGGUCACCCAAAACCUGAUUUCGUAAAAAACACUAUGUACAUAUUUUGAUUUCUUCCUAAUGACAACAAGCCAGACGAAAUAAUUUCACGGGGUGUUUGGUUUUACUACCACUACUACUACUACUACUAUUACUACUACUACUUUUACUACUACUACUACUGCUACUGGUUUUAGUAUGAUCUUUAAUCUAAGUAAGUUUUUCAAAUUGAUAAUAAUUCGGUAGGUUACAUUUUGGAGGAAUGCAAAUGAUUUUAUAAGCUUAACCCAAUUUACCUUCUUGAACUCUGCCUAUAGUGAAAACUUAUACACAGAUAUGCCAUUAACGCAACAACUAUAGUGCUCGUUAACAAAUGCUACUUUAUCGUUAGACACUUCAAGUAGAAAUCCAUUUGUUCAAAAAACAUUUAUGUUAAGAAUUUGAACUAGGCUAUGAGAUGACAUCGAGUGUCAUAACACGCGUGUGAUUGUGAACAUUGCGUGUGAGCGUGAAGUACUUAAAGUGGAGUGAAAGAACGUUUUGAAUGUUGUAUUUUUAACACUUAGGUUUAGAUUCUUGUUUCUGUUUUUCUUUUUAGGGUUUCAUUUAAAUAUACUUUCGUUUGUCUUGAACACUCAAAAUUUGAGGGGUUAAUUAUUAUAUAUGCAGAACAUUCCAGUUAAUUCCUUGUAAUGUAUAAAUGUGAAUUUUUUUUUGAAUUUGGAAUGAAGAAGGGGAUUUUUGGCGACUUUAUUACUGUGUUUGUCCAGUUUAGUAUUAAUUUUCUUAAAAAUCAUGUUGAAUGCAUUAAUAAUGAUUAAUUGGUACCAGUUGAUCAAACAUGUUUUAGGGCACUUAGGCAUUAGCAUUUUGAAACUCAUUUUCACCUGGGCAACAGAUUUGAUUAUAGAAACUAUUGUUGAAAAUCUCGUCUUCCUAUUUCCAACUUUCCAUUCUAAAUGGGUAGUAUGUUAUAUACACACAUAUAUUCAUUAAUGUAAUAUGUAGACUACAAUUGAUUUUAGAAACAAUUGUUGAAAAUCUCAUCUUGCUUUUUAGUUUGUUUUUAUUUUAAAUGCGUCGCACGUUAUAUAUACACAGAUAUACAUUAUUGUAACAUGUAGACUACAUUUUAAAUAAUUUGUAAAACACAACUCAUUGUUUUGAUCAUAAACGGUUUUUCUCAAGCUUUUGCAGUCUUCCAGCCUAUCUUAUUUAAAUACAGAAACUAGCAUCUAUCCCUGCUUCGUUUUCUUAAAAAGUAAUAUAAUUAGCUUGUCUAAAAAAACAAAAAUGUGAUUACCUACUGUGCCUGACGAAGGAUAGAAAUUUAUCACAAAUGGGCAAUUCCACCGUCACUCACGUUACAUUUAUAUGCCAUGAGGCUAUGUCCUCUCACUGCUUCAAAAGUAUUUGAUCAAGCUGAAUCCAACCAGCCAUACAACAACCUUGGGGUAAGGGGUACUCAAAAAUGGUAAGAAAAAUUCAAUCCAUUUCACUUGGUUUUCAUAUUCCUCGUUCAUAUCAGAACUUUCUAUACCAUUUUGGGAAAUGCUUACUGAAAACAAAUUAUCCGAAAUGUUAGGGUCAGUUUAGUUUUCAUCUCGAGGGGCACAUUUAUUAUGCUUGAGGUGGCACAUUUAUGUCUGUAAGUGGGGCACUUGGGUAAAACGGGGAGGGGGGGAAUUCCCCCGCCGCCCCUGUCUUGCAGUUAUCAAGGGUUACAAGUCACCGGACUGAUUGAAUGUAUUCCUUGCAUAAUAACCAUUUAUCUUCGACUUAUUGGCACGAUGUAACAAUAUAAUUGUUAACUGCUUGAUGUGAUAUUGCCGUUUAUUCGCCUCGGGUGUUAUGCGCCCCUGGGGUGUUAAAAGCGGCAUAUCCCACAUCACAGCAGUCAACAAUUGUUAAUUAUAGUCUGGGAACAUUUUUUGCACUGCUCAAUCGUUUCACUAUGGCCCUUAUGUAGCAUACUUGUAAUGAUGUAUAUACGGAUGACUUAAAGCACUUUAAUGUUAUUAUAAUAACAGUUUUAUUGAAUGCUAUAAAAUUAGUUUACAUCUA